AUGGACUGGUUCCACUGUAACCAGUGCUUCACAAGAAAUGGGACAAAGUUUGCGGUGUCCAGCUGUGGCCAUAUCUGCUGUGAAAAAUGCAUCACAUCCAAGAAAUGUAACGUAUGUGGGUCAAGUUGCAGUUAUCUGCCAAUCAGAGAUGAGAUGAAACCACAGGAAAAAGUGUUUUUCAAAGACCCUCUAAAGCUCCUCCGGUCGCAGCAGGAGCAGCUAUCACAGAUUGCACUUUUUCAGCAGACACAGAUGGAGAGAGUCACAGCUCACUUUAAACACAAGGCUGUUGAACUGGAGAGGCGUCUGAAGGAAGUCACUGAGCAUUGUUACAGGCAACUCACCGAGCUGAAAAGAGAGAAUGCCGUCUUGAAAAAGCAGCUUUCGGAGCUAACAAGAGAGAACACUGAACUAAAAAAGCCACUUUCACAGAGAAGGGUUUCUCCAGGACAAUUUCCAACCAAUGGUGCUCAAAGGGUGUCACUCCCUGUGGCCAUCACCUCCCCAGUCACCCCUCGUGUAAGAACUAUGAGUCAAAUAAGUUCAGAGUCUCAGGGCUGGGCAAGAGAAAGAGGUCCAGGUUUCUCCUCCUUCACUACUCCUGGAUCAGUAGCUUCCAUCUCCAGCCAUAGUUCUCUUCAUGAACAUGUACACAGAACACCCCCAUCCUUUAGUACCCCUGUCAGAACUCAGGGUCAGACUCCUCAGGUUUUCCAGUUCCAGUUCAUGCAGGGAUUAUCAAUACAGUCACCUAGACCUUGAUUGAAUUCGCAUCCAUUAUCAGUAUUUCUACAGAUAAAAUUCACCUCUGAAUGUUUUGUACCAGCAUAAAUGUCAUAUUCCUACAUCUUUUUUAAGAAUUAAACUACCGUACAAUCAUAGAAAGAUUUAUGGUGAGCUAUUG